GUGCAACCUCCCUUUAUUUAGAUCAAGAUUUAAGACGUUGGCAAACUCUUAGCUGGUCCUCUUCAGUUAAAUUCGGAAGUUAAUUAGCUUAAAUUGUAUUCAUCCUUUCGGUUCAGAUCGCUCUAAACGGAUAAACAAACCAUCAACGGUUCCUUUUCAGCUGAGGUUACCGCUUUACCAGACGGAUCGGUCACUUCAGUUAACUUAUGGAAAUUGUGACAUCAACCAAAGGAGACUAACGCCAGUACAGCUGUUCCAAAUAUCCAUCCCACAAGAAGGAGAUUAAUUCACAAUUCAUAGCUCUUCUGCUUUGCACGGUAACCAUGUGAUUUUGUCAGAGAUUUCACAUUAAUCAUUUUUUUUUAUAAUAAAAGAUUAUUUUAAACAUAUGUUAUCGGAGUCCAAAACACAACGGACACAAACAAAUAUUAAAAUUACAUUUUUAUUGUUUUAAAAGUUUUUUUUUUCCACAUGGAUUCUGACAGCAGUUACAUGAGCGCUAAAGAAGGAGGAGGCUCAACAGAGGAGGAGCUGGCCUCAUCAGUUUUGACUCAUCAACGGACUGAAGCCAGUUUUGAGGGAGAACUCUCGAUAGAGGAAGAGGAGAAUGCUAAAGUAAGAUUCCCAAUACAGAUGAUGAAGGAUAUAAUGGCGGAUUUAGAAAAGAGCGGCAAAUUUAAAGGAAUGGAUCAAAAAGUCAUCAAUGGUUUCUGUAAUUUGCUGAAAGACGAAACAAUUUUAAAGCCAUCAUCACAGAGUACUCAUAGUGAAGUUAAAUUCACUGAUAAAAAAAUUAUUGAUGUUGUCAAAAACAUGAUUAGGAAAACAUCAAUCCCAGGUCCUGGAGAUGAGCUAUACAACGAUUUGUACCAAGUUUUAGUAAAGAAUUUAUCAAGUGAUUUGAGAAAGUCUAUACCAAAUGAGUUGGAAGCUGAAGUGACUGCUAGAAAACUUGCUGCUUGGGUAUUGACAUUUGAUGAGCAGCUGAAGAUUGCGGGAGAGAAUGCGGAAGAUCAGGUAGAGCAAACCUUGCCAGGUAAUCCAUAUUAUUACAAUCCAGCCAAGGACGGUAAUAGCUCUAACAAACGUGAUGGAAAUGUCAAGCUGUACAACCUGUCGGAACAUCACUCACAACCUUACUGGCAAGGACCGGGAAAGGUUGUCAAGUUGAAAGACGAAGAGGGAAGUCAGAUUUAUGUAAAAGGACUAGAUGAAAGUGAAGGAAAAAGGACGUUAGUGAAAAAAAUUAAAAAAACUAAUAAAGGGAAAGAAGUAUCUUCCUGGAUUGUGGAAGUGGCGGACAGAGAGCAAAUGGAAUCAGCGGAAGAAAACGCCAGAUCAGGCUCAGGAAUAAUUACACCUGCAAAACCGACUGCAAAUUCAAAACUGAAGGAUGCCAAAUCGAGAACUCCAGUUACCACUGCUAGGAAGGAGGAAGCAAGGAAUUGGAAAAAUCUUUUAGGACCCGAUAAAGAUAAUGAGGCUAAGUCAAAAUCUGCUGGUACAUCGAAGUCGGCGGAUCGUCACCAACAAGACGUCAACAUUCCUAAAACCCGGCAAAAAAAGACAAACCAGGACCGAAUCUCAAACGCCUCCCCAAAACAAUAUUUGAUGGACGCGGCGGAUCUGAAGAGGAGCUUGAAAAGUUUCCAGAAAAUGAACCUCAAUUUGAAUCCAAGGCAGGAGAAUUAUCUUAUAAAUGAGUUGAAUAAAAGAUCAACCCGCCGAACGUAAAAGAUUAAUAUUGAGAGAGGGGUUUCUUUCUUCUGAAGCAAGAGCAGCAAGAAACAGCGGAAGUAAAAACAUAAUAAACAAAUGUUUGUAUUGCUUAAACCAUCUAA